AUGUCGCCUGGUCCUGUUGCCUUGUCAUCCUUUGCUCUUCACAUCCAUUCCAACAAAAAACAGCAUGGAAAAUGGGUUCUCGCAAGAGGUCAUCGAGAGAAGGUGCACGAAGAAGGAGGAGCGGAUCGCCAAGCAAUUCUGACUCGGGAUCACUAUCCAGAGACGGAUGCGCACUUGGCCCAACAAGGCCGUUACCAGGAACAGGGCCUGAGAGACCGAAAGGGCCACGGGGUACGAAAAGUUCACCAAGGGGGAGAGGAGCAGCAAGAGGAAGAGGAGCAACAAGAGGAAGAGGAGCAGCAAGAGGAAGAGGAGCAGCAAGAGGAAGAGGAGCAGCAAGAGGAAGAGGAGCAGCAAGAGGAAGAGGAGCAGCAAGAGGAAGAGGAGCAACAAGAGAGAAAGGACGGCAGGGAUGGAGACGAUCAUUAA